CGCUCCGCUCGCAUUGCAACUUUUGCAGGGACUCUACAGACAUGUCGUACACUAGCUGAAGUCAACCUGCAAUUUGGCUCAACAUUUGAGCCAAAAAACUAUUCGCAAUCGGCAGGGUUUUGUUGCAGAAAUAAUACACUAUAUUUUUCCCGUGGACUGAGCACGAAUUUGUAACCUUGGAUGGGAUUUUAGAUUUUUCUUCUCACUAAUGAACUGAGCUAGUAAUGCAGGAGACAGCGACUCUGUCAGGGGCUCAAGAUGGCAGAUUUUUACUGAGUUCUGAACAGAUAUCUCGCUUUAUUUUUUGCCAUGAAUAACAGAAGUCCUUGCACCGAUGGCCCCUGUAUACGAAGCAGCCAGGAACAGCAAUGGAAAUGGCCACAUCCACUGGUAGAAAAUGGUGACAGGGAUUAUCCAUCCAUUUGAUUUGAUCAACAGUGUGCCUAUGGAGAAAGAGAAUCAAAGGGUAUGGCCUCGCAAGUGCAAGUCUUGUCCCCUCACACUCUCCAGUCAAGUGCCUUCUUUAGCGUGAAGAAGCUGAAGGUGGAGCAGAGUUCAUACUGGGAUAUGACAGGGUACGGCACGCACAGCAAAGUCGUCUACAGUCAGAACAGCAAGCAGCAAGUGUCCCACGCCAGCCCUCUUGGCAUCAACUCCUCUCUGCCCUACGAGCAGCCAGCUCUCAUCUUCCCGUCUAGCGCGGGGCACAUCGUGGUCGCCUCGGCCAGCAGUACCUCGGGCACCGCAGGGCCUCUGGGGCCUCUGUUGGGCUUGGCCGGUAGCAGUAGCGGCAGUGGAGGCGGAAGCGGAGGAGGAAGUGGGGGAGCCAUCCACAACCUGACCCGUCGCAGCACCGUCAGUCUGCUGGACACCUACCAGCGAUGCGGGCUUAAGCGCAAGAGUGAGGAGCUUGACAACAGCAACAGCAGCGUGACGAUCAUCGAGGAGCACGGCAGUGGCACAACGAUGAUCCAGAACGCAGCCAGCGGGGCCGCUGUGGCUACGGCCACGGCAACGGCCACAUCGACAGCCACCUCCAAGAACAGUGGUUCCAACAAUGAAGGGGACUAUCAGUUGGUGCAGCACGAGGUGGUCUGCUCCAUGACCAACACCUACGAGGUGCUAGAGUUCUUAGGCAGAGGCACCUUCGGCCAGGUGGUCAAGUGCUGGAAGAGGGGCACCAACGAGAUUGUUGCCAUCAAGAUCCUGAAGAACCACCCGUCAUACGCGCGCCAGGGCCAGAUCGAGGUGAGCAUCCUGGCCCGGUUGAGCACGGAGAGUGCAGAUGACUACAACUUUGUGCGUGCCUAUGAGUGCUUCCAGCACAAAAACCACACGUGCCUGGUGUUUGAGAUGCUGGAGCAGAACCUGUACGACUUCCUCAAGCAGAACAAAUUCAGUCCACUGCCGUUGAAGUACAUCAGACCGGUCUUGCAGCAGGUGGCCACGGCCCUGAUGAAGCUCAAGAGCCUGGGCCUGAUUCACGCUGACCUGAAGCCGGAGAACAUCAUGUUGGUGGAUCCCUCCAGGCAGCCCUACCGCGUCAAGGUCAUCGACUUUGGCUCGGCCAGCCACGUGUCCAAAGCCGUGUGCUCCACCUACCUGCAGUCCAGAUACUACAGAGCUCCAGAGAUCAUCCUGGGCCUGCCGUUCUGUGAGGCCAUCGACAUGUGGUCCCUGGGCUGUGUCAUCGCUGAGCUCUUCCUGGGCUGGCCCCUCUACCCAGGGGCCUCCGAGUACGACCAGAUCCGGUACAUCUCUCAGACACAGGGGCUGCCUGCGGAAUUCCUCCUGAGUGCAGGGACUAAGACUACCAGGUUCUUCAACCGAGUCACAGACUCUACCAACUACCCCCUGUGGAGACUGAAGACACCUGAGGACCAUGAAGGAGAGACAGCGAUCAAGUCGAAGGAGGCCCGGAAGUACAUCUUCAACUGCCUGGACGAUAUGGCGCAGGUUCAGAGCACUGUGAAUAUGACGGCAGAUCUGGAGGGUAGUGACAUGCUCGCGGAGAAGGCAGACAGGAGAGAGUUCAUCGACUUGUUGACCAAGAUGCUGACAAUCGACGCGGACAAAAGGAUCACCCCCAUCGAGACCCUCAAUCAUCCCUUCAUAACCAUGACCCACCUCCUCCCCCACAGCACACAUGUCAAGUCCUGCUUCCAGAACAUGGAUAUCUGUAAGCGUCGUGUGGGCAUGUACGACACGGUCAACCAGAGCAAGACCCCCUUCAUCACCCACGUGGCCCCCAGCACCUCGACCAACCUCACCAUGACCUUCAACAACCAGCUCAACACUGUGCACAGCCAGGCCACCAACCUGGCUCCCUCCACCACCAGUGCCACCCUUUCCCUUGCCAACCCCGAAGUCUCCAUCCUAAACUACCCAUCGGCACUCUACCAGCCGUCCGCGGCCUCCAUGGCUGCCGUGGCCCAAAGGAGCAUGCCCCUGCAGCCUGGGGCCCCUCAACUCUGUCCUGCCCGGCCUGACCCCUUCCAGCAGGCCCUCAUCGUGUGUCCACCAGGCUUCCAAGGGCUGCAGGCUUCCCCGUCCAAGCACACAGGGUACUCUGUGCGGAUGGAGAAUGCCGUUCCUAUAGUGACGCAGGCCCCCGGCGCCCAGCCGCUGCAGAUCCAGACAGGCCUGUUGACACAGCAGGCCUGGCCCAGUGGCACCCAGCAGAUACUCCUACCCCCGGCCUGGCAGCAGCUUACCCACACCUCGGUCCAGCACGCCACCGUCAUCCCAGACUCCAUGAUGGCCUCACAGCCCCUGGCUAACUGGAGGAAUUCUCACCAGCACAGCGGCCAUUACAAUCCCAUCAUGCAACAGCCGGCGCUGCUGUCUGGCCACGUCACCCUACCAUCCAACCAGAACCAGCCUCUCAAUGUGGGCGUGGCCCAUGUGAUGAGGCAACCGUUGACCAAUAACAACAACUCUUCUUCCAAAAAGACCAAGCAGCAUCAGAUGACUGCCAGGAACGUGUCUGCAUACGAGGUGUCCUCCUCCCAGGCAGUACUGUCCCCACAGCGCUCCAAGCGGGUGAAGGAGAACACCCCUCCACGCUGUGCUGUGCUCCAGAACCACGCCCCCUCCUCCAGCUCUGGCUGUGGACCCCCACAGGGUUGCGGAGGGUGGGGAGUGGGUGAAGCAGAGCAGGCUUCCAGCACCACCCAGGACCACCACCAGCACCACAACAGGCCGCGUCAGACCAUCAUCAUCCCUGAUACACCCAGCCCCGCUGUCAGUAUAAUCACCAUCAGCAGUGACACGGACGAGGAGGAUGAUCACAAGCAGAGCAACACCAACCAUACCAGUUCCAGACAAUUCCACCCGGCACAGCCAGAAGUUGACUGGCCACCCAUCAGAGCCUGGUUCCUCUCUAGCUUGUCCAAGCAUAGGAAGAACGUCAUCAGCUGUGUGACGGUACACGACUCCCCCGACUCGGACCUGUCCAGUAACAACAGUCCCUAUGCCGUAGAGUCCAGGCUGGCCAAUAACAACGGCUACCAUGACUCCAAGACGACCUUGCUGGACAACUACAGCAACGGCAACAACCCCCGCACCAUCAUCAUCCCCCCUCUGAAGAGCCAGUCCAGCGAGGUGCUGAGCGAGUGUGAGCGCCUGAUGCCAGGUAUCUACACAGAUAUCUACACAGAUGCAAUGAAUCAUCAGAAUUCGGCGUAUAAAUUCAAAACCUCCAACGGCGUGGGCAUGAUGUCUGGCAACAACCACCUUUCGGGGGGUAUGGCUUACCGACAGCAGCGCUCGGGGCCACACCCCUUCCAGCAGCAGCAGCCUCUCAAUCUCAGCCAGGUAUGGAGAGAGAGCCAAGCCCAGCAGCACAUGGUAGCUGAGAGGAAUGGAGGCCACCGGCGCCAGCAGGCUUACAUCACCCCAACCAUCGCAGCCCAGGCCCCCUACUCCUUCCAGCACCACAACAGCCCCUCUCACACUGCCAACGUGCACACCCACCUGGCUGCCACCCACCUGUCUGCCACCCACCUGGCUGCCACCCACCUGCCCGGCCAGCCUCACCUCUACACCUACACCGCCGCGCCCGUCGCCCUGGGCUCCACAGGCACCGUGGCCCACCUGGUGGCAACUCAGGGCUCGGCCCGCCACACGGUCCAACAUGCCACAUACCACACACCGGGCAUCGUCCACCAGGUGCCUGUCAGCAUGGGGCACGGUGUGCUGCCCUCGCCCACCCUCCACCACAGCCAGUACCAGGCCCAGUUUACCCACCAGACGUACAUCAGCGCCUCGCCUGCCUCCACUGUCUACACUGGAUACCCACUGAGCCCCACCAAGGUGAACCAGUACCCUUACCUCUAGAGCCAAGCCAACACACUGGAGACCCAGAACCCCCCCCCCUCCCCCCAACCCCAGCACUACUGAUGCUGCUCACCCCAUGUCCUCCCUCCCUAUCCCUACUCCACGGACAGAGAGAUAGAGAGACAUGCAUUCUUUAUGAAACUGUCACGUUUAACUUGAAGAUAUAACGACAGAGAGGAAAAGGGAAAUACACAGCCCCUCUAAGGGUAAGGAGGUGUGAAUUUUUUUCUCCAAAAGGGCCAGUUUUGCUUUGUUUUCUCUCUUGGUUUUAUUUUAUUUUUCUCAUUCUUUUACAGCAAGGUCUUCGUGACAGGCGUUUGAGAGAGAUGGAGGGUUUCUGUUCUUCUAACACAGCUUUUUGUUUUGUCUUCUCCUCUUGAAUUGGGGGUCCCUCUCUGGAUGUUGGAAUUCCCAAUGUGAGAAUUCCCAUGAGGAUUUGGGAAUGAAGGUGAAAUACGGAAACCUGCUGCUCUUCAAAGAAUUAAAAAAAUAACGAUGGCCUUGAACUGUCUUAAACAUUUCCAAAUCAUUCAAGGUGUGGGAGAGAGAACGAAGCACCCUCCUUCUCCAACAGACAACCGGAGUCAGGAAUCUUCUGGAAAUAUAACCAACAAAAGACAAAAAAAACAUUAAAUGUAUUUAUAGCUAUUUUCCCUUCGAUUUUUCGUUCUCACCUUUUUGAGGAGACUUAUGUUAUAGGUAUAGGAGUCUUAGCCGGGCCCUGUUUUUAGAAUGUAGCAGUCUGCACCCAGAUUCUUUUAUCAAGAGCUUUUUCUGAUACCAAUAGAAUUGAUUUGUUUCUCUUUUUUCCAAUGUGAUUGCACAAAGUGGUUAUAAUAACAUAGGCAUGUACAACGUGAUUAUCUGUGUGUGCGUGUGCUACUGUCAGCCAUGUGUGUGUAGUCCACCUCCUCUUGCACAUUUGUGCUAUAAUUCUCUGAAUCCUCCGCAGUCUUAGGUGUGACCAUUGUUCCCUCGUAGUGCCUUACAGAUAGAACCACACAGUUUAUGUCGCUGGAACCUUGAGAACCAACAGACGAGCUGGAACUGGUUCCUUGGUUUGACAUGUUAUUGUCGGGGCAGUUUUGAUUUCUCUUCCAGGUGUAGGCUUAGCCCCGAGCUCUGUUUCCUAUCCUUAUGACAGUAUACUUCAGAGGUCAGAGUUCAUAUUUGCCUGACCUUUGGCUUUUUUUGUUAAGUGUGCAUGAGUUUAACUUGCUUAGGGUACUGAACCAAAGUUGUUAGAUCAAUCCUCGUCACGUUGUGUGCUGGGUAUUAAUGUUAAUAUGUGUACAGUACAAGCCUUUCUCACCGUGAUAUCCAUACAUACGAUGGCUUAGGUUCAAGAUGUCUUACUUUGUUUUUACAUCACAUAAGGAAUUGGUUCAGAGGAAUGAUAGAACAGAGAAGUAUUAGCACAAGGAUCCAUUUUGGGGAAAUGGAAAAUGCAGAAAUACAAUAAUGUGACUGUCAAAAACAUGUAUGUGAUGAGUUCAACAUAGGGCGAGGGUGACAGAGUCCAGAGUUCGACAAAAAAAUAGCAAAGGCCUGAUGGGAAGUUGUGGUUGCUGUGGCUGAGAUCCCGAGAAGGCCAGUGAGAGAGAGUCUGGUUGGUUGCAGUGGGGAAGCAGAGUAUUGAGGGCUGGUGAGAGGGGUUGCUGGGUAGGAGUCAGACCUGGACUCAAAUAAUAUUUGAAAUCUUUCAAAUACAUUGAACAUUUGUUUUAGCCAGCCUGGAUUGCCAGAUGGGCUAUGUUUGCAGUUUAGCAAGUAUUACUUCCAUUGCGCCAGGCAAACUCAGGCAAGCCCAGCUAAAGUGUUUGAAAUGAUUCCUAAUAGUAUUUAAACCCAGAUCUGAGUAAGUGAGGGGCUACUAGAAAGAUUUGGGUUGGGAUGGGUAGGAACUGAGGAUGGCAGAGUGGUAGUGUGGCAUUCCUCAUGUUAAUUGGACUAAAAGAAUUAGCAUGUUGGCACUGAGCAGGUUGGUAGGAACAGUGGGUAGGAGUUACAUUGGCUCCAUGGAUGCAGACCUAACUCUGAUACAAGUUGUUGUGUUGUUGUUGUCUUGCAAAGAUAAAUGGAAGUGAUUUAGUCUCUUCUGCUCUGAGGGUUGUGUCGCACCUCUCAGCAGAGAGCGAGAGACUGGAACGGAACAGAAAUGCUACAGUGUACACCUGGAAGGUCUUCCUAUGAAAUGGGCUUCAUUUGUUAACACUAUCUCUGUUUUGUCUUUGGAAUGUGUUCACAGACACCACACCACCAGAAAGGGAUACCAGAUAUGUAGUAAGAGAACUGAUUGGCCUAUUGCUUCUAUGUGUUUGCUACUUAAUUUAACAUCCGUUUCAUUUGUCUUAGCCAAUGAUAUAUGAAUAAUCUCUCUGUUAUAUGUUAUACUGUCCUCAUUAAGUGGGCACAUCAGAACUGCUUGUGGUUUUAGGAAGAGCCUUCCCCCUUAUCCCUUCAUAUCAUGCCAUAGUACUUGCAUUUGAAGUGAUUGUUUUAUUUUUAUGUUACUAUUGAACUUUUGAAAUGGCUGUAGGUACAGUAUAUAUUGUGUUAUUUUACAGAUAGUUGCAAUCAAGUGUUUUGAUGAUUUGUUAUUCGGCUCAUUUCUAUUUUGAUUUGUAACUGGGAGUUGCUGUACGUUGAUGCUAAGUAUUCCUAGGAGGGUGUGUAUACCUGUGUAAAGUGUUCAGGCACCGUUGACAAUAAUAAGGUUGUGAAGUUGAUGAUGAUCCAUUGGGGCCCUUAUAGGUACUGUAGGUCAUUUAGCCUUGAGGGGGGCCGACCCAGGUUCCUCAAACCAAACCUAAAACAACAGCAUCUUGGUACUUCACCAAUAUGCCAACGCGCUCCCUCCAACCGGCUCCACCAUGCAAGCCUUGGGUUCCUGGCAGUCAAAGAUGUGGUGUAGAGAUACCGUGCCGUAGGUACACAUUGCUGGUUGCAUCAUUUCCUUUCUGUUCUGUGUUGUACCUUUGUUUGUAUGUUUUUGUUCCUUUCCAUAAGGCCUGUGGGCCUAAGCACACACAUAAGAGAGAUGCUUUUCCACACGAGAGUUUGGCGCCUCCAUAAAGGGGUAGACUACUGAAACAUUCCACUGCAGAGAGAAUCCGACAUCCAUACUCCACACCCAACAGCCCCUACAGCUCUCUGCUCAUUUGUCAUUUGUACUGUACAUCAUCAACAUGUUGAAUUUCUUUGGUGGGAAAAACAAAAGUCCACAAAUGACAAGUGAGAUGUGCGCACAUAUAGUACUGUAGAAAUGCAUACAGUAUGUGCACAACACACACAUAUGAGUGAUUAGAGUUGCCACAAUAUCUGCUUAUGGUUGAGCUAUUUUGAAGGAGUUUACUGUCAAUUGCAGUCCACCAUUCUCAAACAUCUAUGAUUUGAACAAUGUAUUAUUUGAUAUCUGUCACUUGUUUCCCCCUAAAUGUAAAAAUGGAAUUCUUCGAAUUGUUUUAUAUAAGUGUUUUUUUACGUUGUUAAAGUUGUAUUUUAGCUUUAUUAAUGUUGUAAGCAAAUGAAUUUUUUAAAAACAAAAACAUGUUAUAAGUUAGUGUGCCAUGGAAUGACCUAUAGAGUGAAAUGAAUAAAAAAAUAUAUAUCAAUAAUACCUUUAAAAUAAUGGUCACGAGCACAACAUGAAUGUAAUAUGUGACCUGCUUCAUCUGAAAUGCUUUAAAUAUUUCUGCUUGAGUGACCAUUAGUUAAAGUAAAGAUUUGAUUUCUACAUUAUUUGUUGCCAUGCAAGAUGCAAUAAGUCUGUGAUUCCAGCAAAAACAACUUGAGUCAGCAUAAAUUCAUUUGAAAAAGUCAACAUUUUUAUUCCGAUAUGGGGUUUUCAAAUAUGAUAUAUUCGAUUUCAUUCUAUUUUUUUUCUCCAUGUAUAAUCUAAAUUUAGCAAAUUACGAGAAGCCCUUUGAAUCUUACGCUCAAUUUUCUUUCAACGUACUUGCUAUAUUUUGAAUGAGAACAUGUAUUUGAAUGUGUAAAAUAUGUUAGUAUCGUGCUACUUUGUUUAACAUGCGUUAUGUGUUUUUAUUAAGGAAAAUAUUAAUCAGAAAUGUGAGCAUCAACAUAGAUCCAGUGACCUUACAAUUACCAAAAUGUGCUUCUUUAGAGUGUCAAGAAAUUAUUGUGGUAAUGAAGUUGCUUUACUUUGAAACAUUGUCUCUCCCCUGCUACUGUAGCCAUUUCAAUGUUAGAAUACUGCCUUCCAAAUAACUGAACGAUAUCAUCAGAGCUUUAAGAUGUGGUUUCAAUGAAAGAGAGCUGUGUAAAGCGGCCUCUUUGUGAAGCCUGGUAUUUUUACAGCUUUGUUCUUGAAAUACUCUCGCUACACAAGAAGCACUCAGCUUCCAACUUUUCCCACAGUGUGUUUGCGAGUACUCUUCCUGGAGUUUUGUUUGAAGUUAUUGCGAAACAUUCCUGAAGGCAUGGCACACAUUUCCAGUUAGUCCUCUCAGGCCAAACCCAUCUGAAGUGACUGGAAUCAUUUUAACACCUUACUAGACAAGAAUAAUAAUCUUACACCCACUACACUCCUUUGAAACGUUUUGCAAUCAUUUCAUUGGAGCUUUGCAUAGCACAUUCUCCCAAAGAAGCAGGGAGGUGGGAGAAGUACUUAUUUUAGGAUAAUUUAGGUUAUAUACAUGAUAGAAACUCCAUAAACCAGUAACAACACAUUCUUAAAGCCCUUCUGUAUGAGAGUUGGUCUGUGUGUGUUUGUCAAGGGAAUCACCUCCUUCAUUGUUUUUUUCUUUGGUGAUUCAGGCUGAAUUGGUUAAGGGUUUGAUGCUGUCCGUAAUGGAAUAGAUCAAGUGUUAUCAUUUGGCCAGUUUUUGUACACAUGUACUUGAGAACCAAAAUGUAUUUUAUGAUUUCUUUUUCUUCUCAACUCUUCCUAAAGACAUGUCAGAGGUCUCUUUUUUGAUUAUGGACGAACAGGUUGAAACAAUUUGGUUUAGAACGUUUAUUCUUUAGCUAGUUCUUUCCAGCUCAAAUUGUAAAUAAGCAUUGUAGUAAAGUCCUUCAGAGGAUGGGUUCUUGCCUAAUGAAUUCCCAUAGAUAAAGCCCAACACGAACCUUAUUUCUCCACAGUUGACAGCGGUACAAGAGAUGAGACGUAGCAGUAAAGCGCUGUAACUGUCAUACUGUAGCCAUUUUGCAGUCAUCUUGAUCGUGAUUUUGUACUUGCACAACAGCAUUCUACAAAGUCUCAAGACCUAAAAAGCAUCAAACCCUGACCCCGUUGUGUGUCCAUUGCUAUAUGGUUUGUUAAUGAUGUUCAAAUCUCAUAAGUUGUCGUUCAGGCUAUUGUGUGCUGCAGUAUUUCCUAGUAUACUUCUUUGUUAAUUGUCUCUCAUGACGUUUAUCAGGGAUUUAAUGAGAAGUGUUUGUUGACUCCUUGUUUCAAUCUGUUCAUGUAUCGUUCUAUCUACCCUGUUCCUUAGACUAAUAUUACUGAGUAUGUUAUGAGAAUGGAUAUUUUACUGGCUUUAUAGAAUGUUUAAAUAUAAUAAUGAGAAUAAGAAGAAUGAUUCAUUAAACUCUUAACAAGUUGAGUAAUUGGCUAUUAAGCGCUUGUGUUACCAUUUAAGAUGUUGUGUGCUUCUCUUAAUCAUUUUCGUUGUAGAAAAAUUGAGUGAAUUUAUAAUAGGCUUCGAAAAACUAAUGAUAGCAUUGUACAUUUACAGGAGGAUUUUAACCGACAACUUUGUCAUAGAAAAAAAAAGUGAUUUAAAUUGUCCUCUUUACUAACUGUAGGGUGAAAAGGGGCUGGCGUUGUGGUGAACUAUGUUCUAGCUUGUUAUUCACUGUCACUUUUGAUCAUUUCUUCGGUCUCCGAGGUGAAUCGAGUUAUUCAUGAGAAUUUGUAUGCUCACAUAUGCAUAUUGUAUAUGUGUAGAAAUGUAAUCACACUUUGUCUUGGAUUUACAUUAAACUGUUAAGUCACGGCACCAGU